GUUGUAAAGAAUCGCAAUAUAUUAUUAAUGUCCUAUGUGCAUAAUUUGUAAUUGUUUAAUUCAAGUGCUACAAAAUGUGGAUAACUAAUUCUGUGCUAGGAAAAGGCAUUUUCCUCGUAGUUUGUAGUAUUUUAGUGUCAGUAUAUGCCCAAGAAAAUACACAGAAAAGGGUACCCGCUUCUUUGGUAGAAUGUUACACAAACCCCAAACUUCUGGAUCGAGACAACAGACUGCCUGCAACUUUAACAACACUGAUAGACCUUAUAAGAAAAGUUGAAAGUGAUAAACAAACCAGGCUCAGUUUGAGAGAACUCGUCCUAGGAUUAUUAUAUAGAUUCAAAGUUGACGGUAUCAAAAAAGCCGAAGGUGUUGCUCCUUCCAGUGCUGUUAUUCCUUAUAGUACAACAGGCCAGCAGUUUGAAAAACAUGCUCUGAUUUUUUCAAGACUUCUCCCAAAUAGUGGCAAGCCUUUUCCUAAUGAUACUCUUACUGAUAUAGAAAGGUGUUCUUUACAUUUCAUGCUCUCGUCAUCUAUUGAAACAGAAGUUCGAGGAGAUGAAGGUUCCAGAUGUGGACAACUUGCUCCCUAUAGAUCGAUAAGAAUUCCACGAAAAGUAUCAAGCAGCAAUCGCCACUCUCGAGAAAAUAUCGAAUACGAGGAAUUUGGAAAUAAUAAUCAAAUUAGUCAAUGUCCAGUUGAAUCUGGUGUCAUAAGAACAAAGUGGGGUUCAGUUUCUGCUGGUGUUUUGCUCUCGGGAAUAGCAGCUGGUUUGGAAAGGCAGAAGGUUACGGUUAGAAAUGUGUUAGCAGCUUCCUCAAACCCAAAUGCUCGGGACGGAGCAGGAAAUCCUACAGUAAUUGCAACAUCAAUCGAUAAUUUAUUAGCAGCGACUUUAGUCGGUGAUAUUGCUGAGGCAGCGUUGUUCCAAGCUCAUAAAGAUGGUAAUAUCGAAAUUGGAGCUCCUGGUGCUUGGAAUUCUACCAGUGUACCUCGUUGGUACUUCUUGAGCAAGCAAGAACCAUCUGAAAUGACGGAUGCUGAAAUACGGGGAGGACUGGAUGGUCUUAUUAUUGGUGAAAAUAUCAAAUCUUGGAGUUCAAGUGCCAAUACUUUGAAAUUGUCUCAGGUUUUGGACAUGUACUAUAGUGAACGCGGAGUAUUUUCCGGAGAAGAAAAGGCAUGCUACAGGCGCGAAUUAUUUCCCAAAUAUGCAAAGACUGAUAUUCUGAGAUCUCAAUCUGUCAGUUUUGCAACAGUUUUAGAAAAAGAAAUAACACUUACAGCAUCCUUGCUACCAGAAAGAAUUCAAGAAUGUGCUCAAAGAGCUGCCGACAGAUUAAUAUCAUACGUUCCCGGCAGUUUGAAUGAUUUGACAUGCGGAGCGAUUAAUCCUGUAACUGGAGGAGAAAUAAGAAAUAUAGGAAUCUCCACCGAGCUUCUCAUAGUUUUAGACACAUCCUGGCCCUAUCGUGAUAUAGUGCAAAUUUUAUCACUCCUGGUUGAUGGUAUUGAAGCAAGAGAAUUUGGUUCAAGUGUAAAAGUUAUGAACGCCAAAGAUCUUUCUAUCAUUGUCAACACAACUCAUUAUUCAGCCGAUUUUCAUGCACAAUUUAAUGAAACCACUUAUCAGAGACACCCAGCUGGAUUUGAUAUCCAGAGAAUUUUAACAAAUUUGGAACCAGUACUUUAUGAUUCUAUGGAAUAUGAACAUAAAGCAAAAAUAGCAGGUGGACGAUCUCAAAUUAUAAUACUGAUCGCAAAUUCUGCAACUUUGAGUGAAGCUGAUGUAAACUUUUCUGAAGAGCACAUGAGGAAAAUCAAUGAAGAAUCUCCUGAUUUGCGAUUUUUGGUUUUAUCUCCUAGUUCUUUGGAUAGAUUUACUACUUUCGUUAAAGACAGUACAAAAGACUUAUUCCCAAUAUCAGUUAGUGGAAGCCAUCAAACUCCUCCAUCCGUUGUUGCAAUAUUAGAAAGGAUGAGACAAAUUCCCAGACGUGUGAUUAAUUUCAAUUGUGAUGCAAAAUGGGAACAAGGAGAAAAUAGAGAAAAUGUUAUGUUUGAGGAUAAUGUGGAACCUGAGGGAAUCAACUUUUAUCGAGUUCAUGCAAAUUAUUUCUAUGGUAAUGAGAAUAGAAAAAUAAGAGUUCAAGGCCAAGGAUACGGUACACUGAAUGUGUGCUAUUCAAGACAAGUUGAACUUCCAGUGUAA